CCUCACCAAAACAAUCAGCACCUAUCCUAUCCAAACAAAAUAUUUCCGUCAGCUAGGAUCAGAGGAUUGAGCAAAGUCUCAAAGGCUAGGACUGGGCUCAUAGGUACGUGUUGAUCCGAGCACACACACCAUCCUUUCGGGCGCACAGCAAAUUCAUCAUGUCGUAUCCUCCACCUCCAGGUGCCUCGAACUCGUCCUCUCUCCCACCGCGUCCACCACCUUCCAAAGUCUCGGGCUUCAAGCCUGCAUUUUCGCCAGCGACGCACUCCCCCAGCGCCGGCCCCGGCUCCGCAUACACGCCUCCUGCAUACUCGAGCGCACCAAGCUACUCGACAGCCCCCGGUUACUCGACGGCCCCGAGCUACUCCAACGCACCCAACUAUCCCGGCGCACCUGCGCCAACAGCUCAAUAUGGCGUCGGCGAUCGCGGCGUCGCGUACCCGUCCUAUGGACAGCAAGGGAUGAUGGGGCAAGGCGGAGCGGGCUAUCAGCAAUCAUACGGCCAGCAGCAAGGCUACCAGCAACAACCCAGCUAUUACGGUGCGCAAGCAGACCCCAGUGCAUAUUCGGCCGCGCCACAGAUUAGGAAUCCGUUCCCAGCACCGAGCCCAGCACAAGGCGUCGCCGCCACCCCCGACUAUGACCCCGAAAUGGCAGCACAGAUCGCCCAAUGGCAAAGUGCAUACGGCAAGGACCCCAAGGACAACACCGCUGUACCAGGUCGACCGGGCGCUGGCGGUGCUACUACCGGCGCCUAUUCGGCCGAGCCGAGCAAGUUGCCCGAUGCCGUCACUCAACCUGGAGACAAGAAAAAGACGGUCGUGCGAGCAGGCGGCGGGCAAAAGUGGACAGAUGAUACCCUUCUAGAAUGGGACCCCUCGCACCUUCGACUGUUCGUCGGUAACCUGGCGGGCGAAACAACCGACGAGUCAUUAUACAAGGCUUUCUCUCGCUGGAAGUCACUACAGAAGGCGCGUGUGAUUCGCGACAAAGUGACGAGCAAGAGCAAGGGCUUUGGCUUCGUAAGUUUCAGCGACCCAGACGAAUUCUUCUCAGCGGCCAAGGAGAUGAAUGGCAAGUACAUCCAGAGUCAUCCUGUCGUGGUUCGAAAGAGUACCACGGAGAUCAAGCCCCAAACGGUCAAGGAUAAGCAUCACAACAACAAGUGGAAUAAGAAUAAGAACAAGAACAAGAACAAGAGCCGCGGUGGAAAUGGAUCUGGUACUGGUGGGGAUACGGGGGAAGGCAGCUUCGAGCCCGCUUUAGGACCGCAUGGCGGCGGGGUGACCAAGCCUGGUCAAAAGACCAAGGGUGGACUGAAAUUGCUUGGUUGAGAUUGUGUUAGUAGUCGCCGCAGACCUCGCGAAUGAUUACAGGCCGGUCCUCGCGUUCUGCACCAUCUGCACCAACUGGCCGCAUUGGGUCUUUGAUGUUGUGGAGAACGGCUUCACUAAGAUGGCGUCUUAGGGGGUCGCUGCCGGAUAAUGACACUCAUGCGCUGUGACGCUCCGGGGGCAAGCUCCGGGGGCAAAAGCCACCUGAGAUACGUGAUAUGUAGUGGCGCUAUGCUACGCAGACAGAUAUACAGACAGAUACUACAUAUUCAGUUUUGGCACACCUAGAA